AUGAACCCCCUGACCAAGGUGAGGCUGAUCUCGGAGCUGAACUCGCGGGAGGUGCAGCUGGGCGUGCCGGAGGCGGCGUCGUGGCACGCGCAGUACCGCGACAGCGCCUGGAUCUUCGUGGGCGGGCUGCACCACGGGCUGACCGAGGGAGAUGUCAUCUGCGUCUUCUCGCAGUACGGAGAGGUCGUCAACAUCAACCUCGUGUGGGACAAGAGGACCGGCAAGUCCAAGGGCUUCUGCUUCCUGUGCUAUGAGGACCAGAGGAGCACCAUCCUGGCCGUGGAUAACUUCAAUGGCAUCAAGAUCAAGGGACGGACCAUCCGCGUGGACCACGUGGCCAAAUACCGGCCCCCCAAGGAGUCUGAGGACUGGGAUGAGGUGACCAGAGCCCUCCACGCCAAGGGCUGUGGGGUCAAAACGCCACCUCACACCUCGUCUGACUCCCUGUCUGAGGAUGAGGGUGUGCCUGUGAAUAGGCAGAAGGAGAAGCAGCGGAGCAGAGCAGGACAGUCAAAGUCGAGCCCACAAACUGGGAAUAAGGUGAGCACAGGGGAGCCCCAUCCCAGGAUCAAGAUCAAGAAGGAGAAGGAGGACCCUGGGUAUGAGCGCUAUGCUGGUGGGAGCUCCUGCAGGAAGAGGAGCAGGACGCAGCGGGAAGAGGAGCAGCAGCAGCACCAGCGGCACUUGGACAGGAGGGAGGACAAGAACUGCCACAAGCAGAGGGGCCAGAGUGGCUCCUGGGAGGAGAGGGAGAAGAGGGAGAAGAGGGAGAAGAGGGAGGAGGGUGGCAGGAGGAGUGAUGGGCACUGCAGUUGCCAACAUUUGUCACCCAGGGGAGGGAGAUUGAGGGAUCCCCACUCCAGGCACAGGGAAUGAGGCUCUGGCAGGAACUCUGUUUGCUGCUGAGCCCUGGGUGAGCUUUUGGGGUGAGGGAGGCCCUGAGCCUGCCCAAACCUGCUCCAAGCUCCUGGGAUACCAUGGCUGGAUGUUUCACCUGGGAGCUUCCCCUUGCCUCUCAUCCCACCCGGGGCCAGGGCUUUCCAUGUUGCCUGUGCUGCUGGCUGGGACAGGGGUUUGUCCUUUGACUGGGGAGGGUGUCAAGUGCUGAAGGCUAGGAGUUGCAGAAUGCUCCCCUUUCCCUAAAUCCCUAGGGUGGUGUCCCCAUCUUGCACUGCGUGUAGAGGCCGUUGGGUGUGUUAUUCUGAAUUUGUUUAAAGGUUUCUUAAUAAAAGUUCCUGUUAAGGAGAAAAAAAAAAAAAAAAAAGGAAUGGUCUGCUUGGGGAGGUGGUCAAUUUGCUGUCUCUGGAUGAGUUUAAGAAAAGACUGGAUGUGGCACUCAGAUUUAGUUAAGGUGUUAGGGCUGAGUUGGACUCGAUGAUCUCAGAGGUCUUUUCCAACCUAAUGAUUCUGUGAUUCUGUUGGUGCCCUCAGUCAGAGGGUUGUGGCCUGCUUUUACAAACAGGUAGACAAAGUUGCCCAAGCCUGGCCAGGGUGCCUGAAGGCUGUGGGAGCCACUGUCCUCCUGAUCCAGAA